CUAGCUACGACGAUUGCGUAGGUAAACCAAGUUGAAGUUGAGCUUCAAACAAUAUUAUUAUUGUUAUUAAUUUGAGAAUUCGCCCCAUGUCCCCGCGUGGUCAUCAGUUGAGAAUAAUGUUACGUACCUCGUCACCACCGACUUGAACGUUGACCAUUACCCUGAGGACAUCACCAUGAUGAUACUCAAAUAUCAAUACUUGGAAAUAUUGUAUAUUCUCUUGGCGGCAGCAAGCACUGUCUUGGCGUCCUUUUGCACGAGGGGUCCUUUCUCUGUCAAUGCCGUUCAGAGAUCAAGAAAAUGGGUGGACCCGAUGGGGCCAUUACAAGCAAGGCAUGACAUCUCUCAACAUGGUCUCCCUGAUGAACUUUUUCCAGCAAGACAUGAACCCUUCGAAAGCUUCUUCACGCCACAACCUUCAGAUGGAUUGGAUUCUGUUAAGAUCUUUGACAAGGAAGAAGGUCUUGGGCGUGCUUUGGACUUCAAGUUCAGCAUCUUGGACAAGGCAGCAGGCAGUGUUCCUCCUUUGGAUUUGAAAUUUGACACCUUGUUGGACAAGGCAGCAGGCAGUGUUUCUGCUUUGGAUUUGCAAGUUGGCAACUUGGCAAACGAAGUUGGCACCUUGGCAAAGGAAGCUGACGCUAGCAAAUUUGAGACGGUUGAAUCGAUUAGGGCAGCACGGGACUCUUUCAAAGAACAGCUGGACAUCAGCCUGCCGAUCUAUUCUGAAAAAGCGGGAGAAGUAGUCAAUGAUGUAGCGAGAGCUGUGGACAAAUCACGAGAAGCAAUCUUCGGAGCUGAGAAAGCCUUGGUGGAUAAAGCAGUCGAGCUAUAUACCACUGAAACAACCCAGCAAGCUCCGUUUGCCGAAUUUGCAGAGAGAUACUCGGCAUCUAUGGAAUCACAUUACAAACUGUCAGAACUGGCGGAGUCGAUAUCGAACGGCAAGCUACUCCAAAGCUCGAUAGAAAUUAUCACGGAAAAAUGCCAGGAAUCGUUGGAUGCUUUGGAUCUCAAGCAAAACACACCAGUUCUACUCCUGGUGGUAACAUUCUUCUGGAGUACAAUUCAAAGACGGGAUGGGAUUGAGUACGGAAAGGCUUUGUCGCAGGUCACCAUUGAUAAUCUAAAAGACCAGCUCAAGUCCACCAAAGACGCAGCCAGGAAAGAAAAUGCUGCAAAUGCUGCUCAAAUCAAGGAUUUGCAGUCCAAAAUGGACGAGUUGCAAGCACAGGUUGAGACUCUCAAUGUUGCUUCUCGGGAAGCAGCACUGCAGCUUGAACAAGCGAAAGCAGAGGCCUCAAUUGAACAGGAUUUGGUCCCACCAAUCGAGAAACUCCAAACAGAAUCUCCAAAAGUGCCCAGCACUCCUCCACCAGUAGAAGAAGCUCAAGAAGAGCCAGAGAUCCAACCAGUCAAGGCUGUGAAGAAGGCGCCAGCCAAACGAAAGAAACUGACGAAAAAGAAGGUUACCAAAGUGUCUCCUAGUGCUAAGAGCAUUGCAGAAUCAGAGCCAGAAGUCGAGGUAGAGAAGGUGAUUACCUCUCCAAAGAAACAGAAAGGUAUUAAAGGGUCGAAGGCUUCGCCGGCUAAAGCGAGCAGAAAGAAGCAGAAGGCAAUGAAAAGCGUGCAAGCCAAGACUAACUUUGGCGUAGUGAAUGGUGUGAAUGGGGACGCUGGGGUCAAAACGAGUGCUCCUGCUAAAACCAAAGUCCAAGCCACAAACGACACACCUAAAAAGAAAGUGAAGAAAGAGGCAGCCGCCACCAAGACAAACGGAGCAGCAGAACCGGAUUGGACAAGCUUUGCUCAAUCAACCCUCAAACGAAAAACGGUGAAGGAAUUGACGAGCUACUUGGAAACGAAGGGAGUUGAAGUGACAGACGAGAAUGGGAAAACAUUGAAGAAAGACUCUCUUGUGGGUUUGGUGUUGUCGAAUUGAAUAUUCGGAUCAAGUUUUGUUAGUGAUAGUAGUAUUGUAGUGUAUUUGGUUGUUGAUUUC